CAAAUGUAGACGUUAAUAAACAAGUAAUAGCCUACGCAAGCGCACUAGGUGGCGCAUAAAGGCUGUAUCUGUCUGCUGAUAUUGGUAAUAUUUGGAGAUGUUUUCCUAAUAUGAAUCAUGACCUAUAUGGAUUUAUUAUAAAUAAAUUAUGGAAAGUGGUUUGAGGUUUGGUUUACAGAUCCUGUUUGUGUCUAUUCUGGCUUAUAGCCCACAGCAACUGAUGAGAUAUAAAUUCAGCCAUCCGUCACUCAGCACAAACAACAACGAAAAUAAUAGUCAUUAGUAAUUAAGUAAUCGUGAGGAAACCCGAUGUGCCAAAUUAUCUUGUCAUUUGUCAAAGUCACAUUAAACAGAGCCUUAUCCAAAUACCAACGAGUCACGAGCUCAGCGUCAAACUCGCGCUCUCCGCGGUGUCCUGACUUUAUCUCGCCGCAGUCGGACGAUUGCGGGAUUACCGUCUUAUCUUAACGAGCAAUGUUCCCACGGCUCAGUAGUGCAAGCUAUCCUGUUAUCAUCCACUUGUCUUAUUUAUGGAAGCCUGUUUUGAAGUAAUGUGGACUAGUGUAUGAGUGACAGAGAGCGCGCGUCAUUGGACACACAGCUCGUUCAUUAUUAGAUCAAAUAAUAUUUCCAGAGUAUUAUGAGGGAAUGUUGUGUUCUGUCACCAACAAACAAAUACAAGGGGACUCGCACAUAGAAAGAAAGAGAAGACAGAGCGCUCGCCUAGUUACCUCCUUUCGACCUCCUCAACUUUUAACCCCGCAGCGCGCAGCCGUCGCGCGCAGUGAUGUUGACUGACAAGCGCCGAUUUUUUACCGAGCACAUUGCAGCUUGACCAUUAAUUCUGCACCCUAAAUUUCACUGUAGUUAAACUCAAACGGGGAUAUGGCGGAUUUAGAGUUCGGAUCUCUACAGUCGUGUUCCGGCGGCGAUUCCCCAGCAAUGGAAUUCGAGAACGAUAAAGAUUCCGGACAUCACGGUCGGAGCAAAACCGGGUCGCCUCCACUGCAAACUCAGCUCUCCCAUCAGGGUAUGGAGGGAAUCAAAGUUUAUUUGCACGAGAGAGAUCUGUGGGCGAAAUUUCAUGAUGUCUCUACAGAAAUGAUCAUCACCAAAGCUGGUCGACGAAUGUUUCCCAGCUACAAAGUAAAGGUAACAGGCCUAAAUCCCAAAGCAAAAUAUAUCUUACUGAUGGACAUUAUUUCAGCUGAUGAGCAUCGGUAUAAAUUUGCAGAUAACAAAUGGUCCAUCAGUGGUAAAGCCGAGCCGGCGAUUCCAGGCCGGCUGUAUGUGCACCCAGACUCACCGGCUUCAGGAGCUCACUGGAUGAGACAGCUCGUCUCUUUCCAGAAACUCAAACUCACCAACAACCACCUGGACCCUUUCGGACAUAUCAUUUUAAAUUCCAUGCAUAAAUACCAACCUCGCCUGCACAUCGUGAAGGCAGAUGAGAGGAACAGCUUUGGCUCCAGCAACACAAGUUUCUGCACACACUCCUUUCCUGAGACGACUUUCAUCGCUGUAACUUCCUACCAGAACCACACAAUCACUCAGCUGAAGAUUGAGAAUAAUCCAUUUGCUAAAGGUUUCCGUGGAAAUGACGAUAUCGAAUUGCAUCGCAUGUCCCGUACACCAAGUAAGGAGUAUCCACUUGUACCACGUAGUACUGCAAGGCAGCGUGUAGCUCCACCCUCUCCUGACUCUGUCUCUCGGUCAGAAUACACUGUGACACAAAAACCCAGUCCUGGCUACACCUGCUCCGACACUUCAGGUGAUCACACCCUCACUGAAACCCCUCCCACGCAUGACCCCACAUACCACCUCUUCACCUACCAGCUCUCCCCACAGACGGCCCCUGUGCACAGUGCCCCCUGCAGUAUGGACACCGCACAGCACCAGCCUUGCAUGUACGGAAGCUCUCAGGUGGGCAUGGAGGACCUCAGGUGGGCAUCUUAUACGGACAGCACAACUUACCAAAGCUUUUCUUCUGCAAAAGAAAUAGGUGGGACUUUUGGUCCCACCACUGACCUCUCUCAGGAACUGUAUCCACAAUACACCUGUGAGGUGGGUGUCCAGUCACACUGCAUGAUGACUGAUUUAUCGCUUUAUGCUUGCAGUCGAUCAUUCAGCCAAAACCAACAACCAAACAACUGGUGUGGGGGCAGUUGAGCAAGUGUGUUUGUGUGUGUGUGUGUGUGUGUGCGUGUGUGUAAAAGGGGAAAAGAGUCUAUGAAUAAUUGUGGUAACUUACUCAUUUUCAUCCUAAAAUCACAAGUUUUCAUCUGUUUUUCUCCACAGUUUCUACGUUGUUGUGAUUCAGAUCUGGCAGAGUAAAAUUGGUAAAUGUUUCAGUUCUGCUAUAUCAUCAAAAUAAAUAAUAACAAUUAAAUUCAACAUCCAAAUUAAUGUCAUCUAUUGUAUCAAGCUAUUGAUAUUUCAUUUAUUGAUAUAAAUAUUUGUAUAUAUUUUAUAUAUACUUUAUUAUAUUUUAUAAUUUACAUUAUUUCUGUCAUUAGUUUAAAAUAAAAUAAAUAAAUUAAAAAUAAAGUUUCCAAUUAUAACUAAACAGGGUUUUAUAGACAGAAUAUAUAUAUAUAUAUAUAUAUAUAUAUAUAUAAAUUUCUUCUUGUCCCGAAUACAGUGAUGGACUCUUGCAUGUCUCUUCCAUCUUCAGUGAUGUGUGUGAGAUUUUGUGUACCUUUGCAUCUCAUCAAAUAUCUCUUUUGGUAAAGAUGUGUGAAUCUCUGUUACCUUUACUGCAGAAAAAUGUUCAUCGAGAUACAACUACACCAGGAAUUAAAAAAGAAAAAAUGUUAAGGAGGUGGGUUGUUUCACUGAGGCCACUUUUGUGAAGAUUUAGAGAGAAUCCUCUCUUUUACUAAUAUUUCACUUAGGAAAUGCUGAUGUACAAGCACUAACAAACCCAAACGCAAAUGACUCUUAAACCCUAAUAUCCACCUGAACACGUACAUCCACUAGCUUCAGAUGGGGGUCCUUUAUUUUGUUUAUUCUUACUCAAUAAUAAAGAGAAAAGGGAAUGCUGGGUACUGCACGUGUCACAGUCUAUUAAGGGAGCAGUGAUGUUACCAAUCCUGUCAUGGCCCAAGGCAAGAGAUACAGAGAGAGAGAGAGAGAGAGAGAGGAGGGGCAUCAGCUGGACAUUUAUUCAUAGACACACCAUGCAAUAAGAUUUUCAUAAGUGAAAUAUGGUCAUUUUAAAGAAAGUUUUUAAUGUUGUGAAAUUCAUGUUCUAAUUAUUUAUAAUGAUUUAUUGAACUAUUUAUUGAUUUUGAGUUCACAAUUUGUUUGCUGAUAUUUAUUUGUAAAGUGUUUUUAAAUUUAUUGAGCAGUUUUUGCAUUACCCCGACAAAUGUAGAGUUUCUGUGUUUUGUGAAGGUGUUUUCUGAAACUUUAGAAUAUGAGGCUGAAAUAAAAAGGUAAUCCACAA